GUCAAGCCGGGAGGGAGAGAGGAUGUCGAUCGGCUAUGUCGACAGUGAUGAGGGGAAGUCCUCAGACAAUGGCAUCGAGAUCGUCAAGACAGGGGUCACAGCCCAUGCGGACGAGAGUAGGGUGCUGCGCCUGAGGAGGACCAAGUCGGUGACCCGCGCCGAGCAGAUCACGGAGGGCGAGAGGAAGGCGAGGGAGCUGCAGCCAGACAGACCGAUCCAUUCCCCUCGGGAUUCACUGUUCUCAUGGUCGUCUGGCUUCGACAAAUAUGAAGGCUUCGUCAACUGGGGUGGCCUCAUUCUUAUGUUGGGUGGCCUUAGGCUCUUCCUGGAGAAUGUUAUCAAGUAUGGCGUGCGGAUCAACCCCCUGUCUUGGCUCGGGUGGCUGGCCAGUGAGCAGGUCAACGAUUCCUACUUCCACACCCCGCUUUUUCUCUUGGCCACCAAUAUCCACAUUCUGUUUGCCUUCUUCCUUGAACACCUCCUGGCGAGGGAUGUGAUCCCAAACAACCUCGGUGCCUACAUCCACGCCACUCACCUCACCACGAUCCUCAGCAUACCUAUAGUGAUCCUGGGUCUGUGGACAGACCUGUUCAGCCUGCUGGGCAGAACCAUCAUCUGUGCAGUGUACACUGUACUCUUCCUGAAGCUGUGGUCCUAUGCACAGGUCAAUCACUGGUGUCGUUCUGAGAGAACGUGGAAGAAAAAAUUCUCACGCCGCAGGAGUUUCUCUUUCCAAAAAAUGUUACGAAAGGAAUAUGCCGAAAAGAUCAACGAACAGGAGGAGGAAGCAGCAGCUCUCAACCUGCAGCAGUAUCCUGAAAACCUGACCUUAGGAGACCUGUACUACUUCCUGGUUGCACCAACGCUAUGCUACGAACUCAACUUCCCACGGAGUCAAAGAAUCAGGAAAAGAUUCCUGCUGCGUCGUAUCCUGGAGGUUGCAGCAAUCAGUAACAUCCUACUCGCAAUGUUCCAGCAGUGGAUUAUCCCCAGUGUGCGCAACUCCUUCCAGGCCUUCUCUGACCUUGACUUCAUAAGGUGUGCUGAACGGCUGUUGAAACUAGCAAUCCCUAACCACAUCCUAUGGCUCUGCUGGUUCUACCUCACAUUCCACUCCUUCUUGAACACGCUUGGAGAGUUGUUGCGCUUUGCUGAUCGCAACUUCUACCAAGACUGGUGGAAUGCCAAGGACGUGGGCACCUUCUGGCGGCUGUGGAACCUCCCUGUUCACAAGUGGGCAGUCAGGCAUAUUUUUGUUCCCAUGGUUAAAAACAAAUACAAGAAAUCUACAGCCUCCAUUGUGGUCUUUGUGCUGUCUGCUGUUCUGCACGAGUAUUUGGUGUCCAUCCCACUCCACAUGUACAAAAUAGGGGUGUUCCUUGGCAUGAUGGUGCAGGUACCCCUAGUAUACAUCUCAACAUGGGUAGAAUCACGAUUUGGGCAGCGAUGGGGAAACAUGAUAGUUUGGGCUUCCCUUAUCCUGGGUCAGCCAUUAGGCAUCAUGGUAUACUACCACGAUUAUGUAGUUAAAACAUUUGAGCCCAGUAUGUUAGAAAUAUAGUAAGUUUAACUGACAUAUGUAUAUUUUUACAAUUUCUUAUUGGUGCAUUAUAUUAACAAGUAGGAUUGUGUACAUAGAAUUAUGGCUGUGUGUGUGUGUGUGUGUGUGUGUGUGUGUGUGUGUGUGUGUGUGUGUGUGUGUGUGUGUGUGUGUGUGUGUGUGUGUGUGUUUGUGUGGGUGGGUAGGUGAGCGCGCGCACAUGUGCGUGUGCGUAUGCGUGUUCGUGUGCGUGUGCGUGCGCAUGUGCUUGUGCAUGCGCGUGUAUGUUUGCAUGUGUCUGCGUGUGUGUGCAUGUAUGCGUGUGCAGCACAUUAUGUAUAUGUUGGGUAAAACUUCCUUGUGCAAGGAUUCUGCCUCAGUAGGAAAUGAGAAUAUUUGUUGAUCAAGAAACAUUCCAGUCUACUUAGUGGUUAAACUUUAAGAUAACAUUCCAUACAAAUGCACCAAUACUCAGGUAUAUUCUAAUCAGAACAAAAGUUUUAUACUUAUUUAAGGCAAAGAUUUUGUUGCACUAAAAAGUAUUUGGUCAAACUUAGGUUCAUCUUAUUAUUAUUAUCACAUAAAUUAGCUGUCCAGCCAUGUAAACAACUGUGGAGGUAUAUGGAUUUUUUGAGAGCAUACAGCAGAUGUCAUGAUAUUUUGAAAAUUGUACUUAAAUGCUUAUUUAUGUGUCUUCUUCCUGCUUACAGGAUUUCUGUGCCAUUUUAGUUAGUAAUAAUAAAGAUUGUCAUUCUAAAAGGUCUAUUGGAAAUGUUCAGGCCAAGUUGGGUUCUGUAUACAAAUACAAUAAUGUAUAACUUAGGUAUUAAUCAUUUUCAUGUAAUUCCUUUACUUAAGGCUGCUCCUAUUUUAUAUACUUCCAGUCACAUAUUUCCUCUCUCCCUCUCCCUCUCUCCCUCUCUCCCCUCUCUCUCUCUCUCUCUCUCUCUCUCUCUCUCUCUCUCUCUCUCUCCC